AUGACAAAGCUGCCCAAUGGAUUCCCAGUCGCCUUGCGACACAAGAAGAACUGGCCACACACACGCACACACCAGGAGGCCAGGACACCACAGAUUCUCAAGGCUAUCCCCACACUGCCUCACACCUCAUGCCUGGGCUGGCACCUCUACUCCGUCCGUACUCCCGUGCCAGAGUCUGCUUUCCAAGCAAUGCUUUCCAAGGUCCAAGCGAGACUUUCCACAAGGCAUUUCUUCUACUUUGCCCGGUCCAGGUCCCGGUCCAUGUCCAGGUACCUCUCGCAUGGCCAGGCAGGCCAAACCUUUUGCGGGCCUUUUCUUUCUGUCUCUUCUUUCUCUCUGCCGUACCGUACACCCCGGGACCAAGCAUGCCCUGUCUACGGCAAGUCUGGGUGUGGUGUCUGCAAACACCUCCCAUCUAUAUAUCCUGCCAUGCCCUCUGCCUCUCUUGCCAGACUCGAACAUCUUCCUUACCAAACUCCCAAGUCAAACACUCGUCAACCAAACUUCAUCAACACCUUACCAGCUCAACUCUCUUCAACAAACACAUCACCUUUGGAGACCAACCUCCAUCUACCACACAACCCCCAACACGCAACUCGAACCCCAUACUCGAGUAACACCAAACACAACAUGGCCUCCAGAUACAGCUCCUCCAAGCCGGUCGUCCACCAGGCCCCGGCCUCUAUCAGCAGCGCCUACUCAGCAUCAACAGGCUCCUACGCCUCAUCAAGAGGCUCCUCCACCCCUCGCUCCAUCUCUCCCAGCGAUGAGGCCUACCUCCGUGUCUACGGCGCAGACCAGCACCGCGCUGCCAUCAAGGAGAACAGCGGCGUCACGAUCAUCAACCGCAAGCAAGCUGGCUACGACGCCCACGCUCCAUCACCACACUACGGCGGCGGAUACUCGCGCCACUAG